AUGUCGGAUGGUACAGCAAACCGGAGGCUAGAGGCCAUCAGCCGCCAGGUGUCAGCAAGCGGCUCGGCCGGUGCAUCGUCGUCGUCGUCGGCAAGUCUACCCAAACUCGUCAAGGUGGCCGGAGACUCCACAGCACCUAGGGCUCUGGGAAAGGUGGUCAUAAUCACAGGCGCCAACUCCCCCAUGGGAAUCGGCCGUGCCACGGCCCAUCAGUUCGCCCAGAACGGCGCCCGGGCCGUCUACCUGUGCGACUUUGACGACUCGCACCUCGAGGCCCACAAGACCGAGAUCGCAUCUCUGUACGGCCCCUCGGUCGACGUCCACGUCCGCCAGUUCGACGCCUCGGACGAAGCGGCCGUCAAGGCCGUCGUCGACGACGCCGUGGCCCGCUACGGCCGGCUCGACGUCUUCUUCGCCAACGCGGGCAUCGUCGGACCCGCGACCAUGUUCCAGGACGUCGACGCCGAGGGCUUCAUGCGCUGUCUCACCGUCAACACGCUGGGUCCGUUCCUGGCGGCCAAGCACGGCGCGGCGGCCAUGACCAAGGUCGGCGGCGGGGGCAAGUCCGCCUCGGGCGGCAGCAUCAUCAUGACUGCGUCGGUGGCCGGCCUGCGGUCCAACGCCGGGCCGACCCCUUACUCGGCCUCCAAGGCCGCCGUCGUGUCCAUGGCCCAGACGCUGUCGUACCAGCUGACGGGUACCGGCGUCCGCGUCAACGCUAUCUGUCCCGGCCUGAUCGAGACGGGCAUGACGGCGCCCCUGUUCGAGAUGGCGAGGCAAAAUGGCAACGACAAGAAGAUCGGGCAGCUCAACCCGCUCAGGAGGGCCGCGCACGCUGACGAGGUCGCCCGCGUCGCCCUCUUCCUGGGAAGCGACGAGAGUUCAUACGUUAACGGUCAGGCUUGGGCGGUGGAUGGCGGUUUAAGUGCAGGGCACCCGUACGUCCCUGGAAAGAUGAGCUAG